CGUAAUGUCUAUGGUGAAUUUAAAAACAGCGCUAAACGACAACACUUGUUCAAAAAGUUCCAAACAUUUUUAGACAUUGAUGUUCACAAAAUUCUCCGCCCAGCACAAACGCGUUGGUUAUCUUUAAAAGCGGUCGUUUCGAGGAUAAUUGAACAGUGGCCUGCACUCGAAUUAUACUUUAGAGACCAAAUGCUAACUAUUCGAUUAAAAUCUGUUGAACUGAUUGUACAGGCUCUCAACAAUCCGAUCAUCAAACUAUUUUAUCUUUUUCUGGACUUUAUACUACCUAAAUUUACUAAACUAAAUGAACUCUUUCAGUCAUCGUCGGUAGUUCUGUUGGAAUGUGAAGAAGGAGAUCAAGGAAUGACUUUUAAAAACCUUUCAAAAUUUGUGCUCGAAACAAUUUCACUUCCACACUCGAAUGCUGACAGUGAACGCAUAUUCAGCAAAAUUAACUUGAUUAAAACUAAGGUUCGCAAUAAAAUGACAAAUUCGACGGUAAACGGCGUGCUAUUAGCUAAACAACGAGUUAGAGGUAAAGAAAACGAUUGCACAACGUAUGAUCCAUCACAGAGUGAAUACAGUCGGAUGAACAAAGCGUUACUGUACAAAAAAAAUUACUACAGAAAGCACUGCCAAAACGGUUCAAGAUUUAUAUAG